UGCGCAAUUUUCAAAGUCAGCAACUGCAGCGCUUGAAGACUCGUAGUCAGAGCGUACAACUAAUAGAGUGUAUUCAAAUAACCUGCGUUAUUGGUGGGAUUUUAAACGACUUUGGCAGCUUAUUUGAUUUGCUUUUAAAGGAGAUCAGGUGAACGGUUACAUUUAAAGGGCAUUUCAGACCUGGAGCACGAAAGACGCUCCUUCAACAUGGCUUCAUCACAGUUACCAGCAGUUAAAAAAGAUGAAAAAGGCAGAAAUAUACAAGUGGUUGUACGAUGCAGACCCUUCAACACAGUGGAGCGUAAAUCUGCCUCUCAUACAGUUGUUGAUUGUGACCAGAACCGAAAAGAGGUGGUAGUCCGUACUGGAGGUGCCACAGACAAAGCAGCAAGAAAAACAUACACUUUUGACAUGGUUUUUGGUCCUUCUGCCAAACAAAUUGAUGUUUAUAGAAGUGUGGUUUGCCCCAUAUUAGAUGAAGUUAUCAUGGGCUAUAAUUGUACUGUUUUUGCAUAUGGACAAACUGGAACAGGGAAAACCUUCACAAUGGAGGGUGAAAGAUCACCCAAUGAGGAGUUUACUUGGGAAGAGGACCCUCUGGCUGGAAUCAUUCCCAGAACUCUUCAUCAGAUCUUUGAGAAACUGUCCAAUAAUGGCACAGAGUUCUCAGUGAAGGUUUCUCUGCUGGAAAUCUAUAAUGAGGAACUGUUUGACCUUCUCAGCCCAGCUCCAGAUGUCACGGAGAGACUACAACUGUUUGAUGAUCCCAGAAAUAAAAGGGGAGUUACCAUUAAAGGUCUGGAGGAGAUCACUGUACACAAUAAGAACGAGGUGUAUCAGAUCCUGGAGAGAGGAGCUGCCAAGAGAAAGACAGCCUCCACGCUCAUGAACGCUUAUUCCAGUCGAUCUCAUUCAGUGUUCUCCGUGACUAUUCACAUGAAAGAGAUAACACUGGAUGGAGAAGAGCUGGUUAAGAUCGGAAAACUGAACUUGGUGGAUCUUGCGGGUAGUGAGAACAUUGGGCGAUCUGGUGCUGUGGACAAGCGUGCACGUGAAGCUGGCAACAUAAACCAGUCUCUGCUGACUCUGGGUCGUGUAAUCAAGGCUCUUGUGGAGAGAGGGCCUCACGUGCCCUACAGAGAGUCCAAACUCACUCGUAUUCUGCAAGACUCACUGGGAGGACGCACCAAAACCUCCAUUAUCGCCACUGUGUCUCCUGCCUCCAUCAAUUUGGAGGAAACUCUGAGCACUCUGGACUAUGCUAACAGGGCCAAGAGUAUCAUGAAUAAGCCAGAGGUUAACCAAAAACUCACCAAGAGAACUCUGAUCAAGGAAUACACAGAGGAGAUUGAGCGACUGAAAAGAGAUUUGGCUGCAACCCGUGACAAACAUGGAGUGUACCUCUCUGUUGAUAACUAUGAGAAUAUGAACAGUAAACUGAUGUCUCAGGAAGAGCAGAUUACUGAGUACACAGAGCGGAUAGCUGGUGUGGAGGAGGAGCUCAAAAAGAUUAUGGACUUGUUUACAGACAGUAAGCAGAAAUUGGACCAGUGCACUGAGGACCUGCAGGACAAGAGCCAGAGACUGGAGGAUGCUCACAAAGACCUAACAGAGACCAGGCACCGCCUCACUCAAGAGGUGUACAUCACUUCACAGCUCGAAAGCAAUGAGUGUCAACUCUACAACACUGCUGACCAGCUGUUGAACACUGCUGAGGUCAGCACACAGGAUGUUAAUGGUCUCCACGCUAAGCUGCAGAGGAAGAAGGAAGUGGAGCUUCAUAACGGGGAGGUCCAGCAGAGCUUUUCCCAGCGCAUGGAGAACUGCUACAACAGCAUGCAGACCUCACUGCAGGAGCAGACCCACAAACAUGCUGCUAUGAUUGACUAUUACCGCUCUUCUGUGGGUGAGCUGCUGAAUACAAAUGGAACAGUGUUUAAGGAGACGUUAGGUGCUGUCUGUGAGUCUUACAGCAGUAUUAAAGGGGCUGUGGGAGAAGGUGUGGAGCGGUGCAAGGAACAAGUGUUACAUCAGAAGAAACUCUCUCAGGAGGCUCAAAAUAGCAUGCUGGAAAUACUGGAUGACCACAAACAGCAUUUAGAGGAGGUUUUGGUUGCCCAGGCGGUGCCAGGUAUCAGAUCUGUCAUGGCCAUGAAUGACAAUCUGAAGCAAACCCUUCACAAAUACAACUCUUUGGCUGAGCAGAUGCAGGGUCUGAAAGCAGAGAUGAUGUCGUUUUUUGACUCUUAUGUUGAAUCGUUGGCCAGUAUGCGAGAGUGCGCUGUGCAAGGCUUCAACACUCUGCGUGCCGAGAACGACAAGCUCAAGCAACAGAUCAGCCAAGCUGGAAACAACCAUCAGGCACGUGUGGCCGAACUGGUUCAGUGUUUGCAGAACCAAAUGAAUCUUUUGGCGGUGGACACCCAGACUGACUUUGAGGGUCUUGAACAGGCAGCAUCUGCCCAGAUUGUUUCACUAGAAACGCUACAGAGCUCCAUACAGAGUAAAUGCACUGUGUCUGAGGAGCACACAGUGUCUGUCCGUGCUCGGCUGGGUUCCUCUGUGGAUGGAGUUAUAACAGAGAUGACUGAAGUGACGGAAGAAGGAGCGAGGACGCUGGAGGAAUGUGCUGGUUACUGCAGACACCUGCAGAGAUCAGUGGACUCAUUGGCUGAGUCGGGACUCAAGUGGUGCCAUGAAGCCAGAGGCUCAACUGAGAAUAAAGCCCAGGAACAGCUCAAACUCAUCAGGGAGACAGACACAGCUGUGCAAGACCUGCUUAAGUCUGUAGAAGAAAAGGGUGAGAAAGCAGUUAAGGACUGUGAAGCCUGUUUGAGUCAUAUGCAGCAGGAAGUAGAAGGAAUCCUGAGUCGUGUGGAAUUGCAGACCAGCAAAGAUGAUGCUACCUUGCAGGAGCACAAAGAGAUCCUCUCUUCCAUCAACACUCAGGCACUGGACACUGUACAAAACUUCAUCAGCUCAGAGCUGCGGCAAGAUUUACCAACAGGAACGACCCCUCAGCGUAAGGAGUAUAUGUAUCCACGUGUGCUGAGCAAGCCGAGGAGUCGAGAGGAGCUGGAAGAUGAGUUCAGAGCUCAGCAGGAGCAGCUUCAGUGUGCACUGAGCCAGUGUGAGACCGUCAUAGAGGCGGAAGAGAAACCUCUUGACCAGGACUCUCUGGAGGAUGAAGUCAGUGUUUCUAGUGAUGGAAAUGUCACUGAACAGUUGUGCUCUGAUGAGAACCUGGUGUGUUACGAAAACGGAAGAGUUCCCUUUUUCAAGAAGAAAAGCAAGAAGGAAAACUGCAAUAAGUCACUGAACCGUUCAAAGGUGGACAAUGAAAGCACGACUACGCCACCACGUUCUAAACUACCACUCAGGUGUCAGAAUUGACAAAUUAUAUUCUGUUUUUAUUCUUUCCAUGUAUAUCUUAGAGCAUUGUUUUAACUGUCUGUGUAUGUCUUUUUAAAUAUGAUUUGUCUGUAUUUUGCUUUCAUACGUCUUGUUUCCUCACAGUUCAAUAAUAAAUGUUUUAACUUCA